AUACAGGUGUGCUGUGCAUCCAAUGAGAUGAAUUGACAAAAUACAGAUUGCUUGAUGGAGAGCGAAACUCUGAAGAUCCCUGUCAGUGUUCAGUGACUGAAAAUGUGCUAGUCUUAUAAAUAGCCUUGAACACACACACUGGCGAGUAAAAUCUAAUAAUUUAUUACCCAAUGGCUAGCGAUUAAUUACUAACGACAUAAUUUAGUUGCCCAGAUUAAAAUUGUAUCGCAUAUGCAAGAGAUUUACUUGCAAUGUAGAGGGUUGCACAUGCUUCAGACACCCACUCAUGCUGGCAGCAUUCCCCAAAGUGUCCACUAGAGUACCCAAUAUCUUGUGACCUCUCGGGGAACCUUGGUUGAAUGCAUAACCCAAGACGUUUUUCCUUGAAGUUAAAAUUAAUUUUAAUCUUGUGUUUGUAGGUAGGCAUUGCAGCGUGUCAGAUUGCACGAGCGUUUGGCCUUAAAGUUCUGGGUACAGCAGGGACAUCUGAGGGUAUGCAGCUGGUGCUCAGCAGUGGAGCUCAUCUUGCGUUCAACCACAGAGAAAAAUACUAUUUGGAUAAAAUUAAGAAUGCUACCAAUGGACAAGGCGUGAAUGUGAUCAUUGAGAUGUUAUCCAACGUCAACCUCAGUAAUGAUCUUCAGUUGCUUGACUUUGGUGGCAGAGUUAUUAUUGUUGGCUCUAGAGGCCCUAUUGAAAUCUACCCCAGAGACAUCAUGGUGAAAGAGACCAGCAUCAUUGGUGUGGCUUUAUACAAUGCAACUAAUAAGGAAACAUCUGAGUGUGCCACAGCUCUUUUUGCAGGAAUGGAGACAGGCUGGUUGAAACCUGUCAUUGGUCCUGAAUAUACACUUGAUAAAGCAGCAAAAGCUCAUGAAGACAUCAUCAGCAGCCCUGGAGCCAGUGGAAAGAUGAUUUUUAUCAUCUGAAAUUAUGCAGGAAGUAAAAAAUCCAAUACAGUGCAACAUAACAUAACCGUCGUUGAGGGAGUGUCAUAAUUUGUGUUCACAGAAGAAACUCAAACAGGUUUGGAACAAAAAUGAAAACUCUGCCAUCUAGUCAUCCUCAUAUUGUUCCAACCCCUUUAUGAAUUUCUUUCUUUGCUGAACACAAAUGAGGAUAGUUUAAAGAAUGUGGGUAACCAAACAGUUGAUGGUAGCAAAGAAUGGGAAAAAAAAUACUAUGGAAGUCAAUGGCUAACAUCAACUGUUCAGCUACAUUAUAUUUUCAUGUAUGAAUCACAUAUAUGAAGCUGAUCAUAAAGACCUGUUUUGUGGAAAUGAAAUAAAAUAAAGAGAUAAUUAAAUCUUCAA